AUGAAUGAUAUGGAUGCGAUCCGGUCGUUGAUGGAGAUGGGCAUUGCCCGAGAUGUUGCCGAGGAGGCGCUGAAGAGGACAGACGGUGAUGUGGAGGCGGCUGGGAAUCUUAUCUUUUCUAAUGAGUUGCCCGCUGGGAUUUCGGAGAAUGUUGGUCAGAGUGCUCAUGUGGAACUGCCUGCUGCAGCGGGGGAUGGCUGCAGGCCCGGAGAUGUGGACGCGUAUGCAGUGGAGGUUCCACGGUCCGAGAGCGAAGGUUGGGAAGAGAUUGAAGUGGAAGACGAGUACAAUCAGGAUGAAGCGUCGUUGGAGGAAUCGUGUCUGAAGUCACAGAUAAGUGUUCCGACCGUGGUGGCGCCUCUGCCGCCCAAUUUCCUCUUUGAGAACUAUUUUGCGCUGUUCUGUCUAUUUGUGUCGAACUACUUGCCGCAUAUAGUGGCGAAACCGGACUUCAAAGAUCUGAAUUACGACAAGGAUUGGUACAGGGGAAACUCGUUGCGGAGCCCUGAUUGCAGAGUUGCGUUGGUGAGCAAAGACGACGGCGGUGAGGAGGAAGCGGAGAUCGUGCCCGAGGGCCAACUGAGCGCGGAGGAGCGCGAAUAUACGUUGCAGCCGGAACUGCUUUGGCAGUUGCAAAGAUUAUCGUGUGUGGUAAAUUCCCGAAUCUCAGAUAGGGCUUUCGUUAGGGCCAAAAUGUUUGCGAUCGCGCUGGAACCGCAGGUGCAGCGGAAGCUUGGAGAUGUUGAGCAUCUUUACGAGAUACUGCCCUCUUUCAUCAAGUCGCUGACUGUGGAUCUUGAAAUGUGCCCGGGUUUCGACGAUAACGAUGUGAGGCAGCUGUUUAUAUCGUCUGCGUUCCAUACGCCUCCAAAUCCAGACCUUCAACAGGAGCCGACUACUAAGACGUGGCUAUCUUUAUUCCAUUUCUUGCCCGAGGAGUACGAUACUAAUCUGUAUCGGAUGUUUCACAUUCUGCUCUACCCAGAAGAUACCGUUGAGGAUGGAGACGAGCAACUCCCACUGCCGGCAGCUGAAGAGAACGAGAACUCACUGUGUGAUAUUGCGCCAGUGUUAACUAUUGUGUUCGAUGAGAUGGAAGAGAACACAGACUCUGUUCCUCUAGCAGAGGGCGUCGAAAUUCCACUAGAGUUUUAUCCUCAAUUGUAUACCAAGCGGUGCAAAGAGAAGCUGAUAAUGGACAUAAUUGCGAAGAGGAAGCAAAGCCAGCUGGAUUCUAGGGCAAUACUGCAAGAGAUCGCCAAUUUGAAAAGUUUUCAAGGCAAGGAUAUUCUCAAGUUUAUCAACAGCUCGCUAGAUUAUCUGCAGAAGGAUGGUAAACCACAAGAUACCAUCGAUGCUUUGCUCAGCGUCAAGGAUUACAUAACCGAGCAAAAAACUCAAAAAAUGAACGAGUAUAAGAAACUGGCACAUCGCCUGCAAACAGAAUGGAAUUUAUCACGUCCAGAGAUUCAAGUCAUACAGACUGCCAAGGACCUCGGGCUCAUCGACGAGCCAUACCUGCUGGUCAUGGCUGUCAUAACACCCUACAUGUAUUUCUCAAGAGACCGUAACGGACAAUGGUAUUAUGUUCGCUCACGCCCACACGAACCAGGAAACCACAUCCGCGCAUGUUCAUCACCAUUGGAAGUGCAAGAUUCCAUCAAGCAAUUCACAAGGCAACCCAGCGAAUCUCCGCUCAUGUUCAUAUAUUGCAAAGAAGGUUUUAUACCGAAUGAUGAGACCGUCUGGAAGGCACUCGAAAACAACCAAGGAUGCACCAAAUUCGCCAAGGAAGACCAACUGCAACUCAACAAAAUGCGUGAUCAAUCCAGUUCAUCGAUAUCCACCACAAGCGCAUCGGCUCCACCAGCUUUAUAG